CUACGAAAUCUCCAAUUCCAAUCUCAAAACACGACAACAACGACGAAUUAAUCAAAUCAAGCAAACCAAACAAACAACCACACACCCCAUUCAAAAUGCAAUCCAUAACCCGCACCCUCUCCCGCCAAUCCCAUCUCCUCAACCCCCAACUACGCCUCCAAGCCACCCGUCCCUUCUCCUCAACCUUCAUCUCUCGCAAAUCCGCUACCGAAACCGUCAAGGAAACAGUUCAUAAAGUCGACAAAGCCGUUGCGAGCAAGAUCGUAGAUGGUAUUGAAGUUGGUCAAACCGCAACCCAAAAAGCCAAAGCCGCUGCCGGCCUCUCCGCCUCUGAAGCCAAAACCGCCGCUUCCAACGCAGCCUCUGAAGCACAAGGCGCCACCUCUUCCGCAACCGGUUCUGCAUCUGGUACCGCGUCGGAACUUUCUGGAAAAGCGUCGGAGUUAGCUGGACAAGCGAAGGGAAAGGCGGCAGAGUUGAAGGGAGGGGCGAAGGGAAAGGCGGCGGAGUUGAAGGGAGAAGCGAAAGGGAAGUUGUAGAGGAGAGUUGGAUAGGUGGCGAGGUGUGGAGAGGAUGAAGAUGAGAUUUGUAUUAUAGGUUGCUGAUGGAUUUGGCGGAGAGAAAAAUGGCUUGACAGGAC